AUGUCAAACAACGAAGUUUUACCUCCUAGUGUCUCAAAAAUCAACCCGUCCUCUCCCAAACAGCAUACCUUAACCAACCCUCAAACGAGUUCACCAUCUCCAACAGUUUCCCCUCCCAAAGAACCAAACCCUACAACGUCUUCUCCAAAACCUGCUGGUCUCUCUAGGACUCGUAAAAAACAAAUCCCAAAGAAGUUUGUUCCUACCUCCACAUCCUCUGAGAAACCCAAUUCAGAAGAAAGCACUCCUAUUAUGCCAACCUCUCACAAUCUUGAAACAUCUGUAAACACUACUGAAAAUGACGAUGGUAUGGAAGCAAUGAGUCAAGGAGUGGAAACAGAGGAUGAAAUUGAAAAGGGGGAUUUGAGGGAAAUUCCUCCAGAUUCAGGUAAUCCAACUUCUCUUGCAAAUUUGGAUAUUUCUGGGGUUUUGGAUAAGAGUGUGGCAACGGGUGAUGCAACAAAGGACAGUGUAGAAAAUGUUGUUGCCACUAAACCUGAAAACAGUUAA